UUUCAUCCCGGACUCCUUAGACCGACGCACCAUCACACAUGCACUUCUGUGCUUCAGCUGUCACCUGAAAGUAUAACUUGAUACUCUGGAUGAAAUAAACAAUUCUGUUGUUCUCCAGUGUUUGUAAUCGCUGAUCAAAGAAGUGCUCGUCUUGACUUUUAAUCAUUUUUCCCAUUAUCUUUAACGUUGUGUAAGAGAGAGGUUUUAUUUUCUGGAGGAGUGUCCUUCACCGCUUCCAGAAAUGCGACUCACCCUGCGGGCGUUGAUUUCUCAUGGCCGGGUGGCCCGAAGGAUAGGACUCGGACCUGAGUCCAGAAUCAACAUGCUUCGGAACAUACUCACAGGUCUGGUUCGACACGAGAGAAUAGAGACAACAAGAGCCAGAGCCGACGAGGUUCGCUUCUACGCGGAAAAGUUGAUUGAUUAUGCCAAAAAGGGAGAUACUAAUGAAAAGUCAAUGAAAAUGGCUGAUUUCUGGCUCACAGAAAAAGAUUUGAUCCCCAAACUUUUUCAAGUUCUGGCGGUAAGAUUUGAGAAUCAGACGGGUGGAUAUACACGAAUGGCCCGCAUUCCUAACAGGGAGAAUCUGGACCGUGCGUCUAUGGCUGUACUGGAGUAUAAAGGCAACCCUUUCCCACCGCUGUUCCCCGUGAAACGUGUCAGUGAACUGAACUUGUUAAACCAACUUCUGAAAGCAUACAGAGAAGAAAAAGCUCAAAUGGUGUCUGAGAAAAAGGACUUAUGAUCUUUAAACACUGUAUUUCUACAUUAUAUUUCAUGUAAUAAACCAGUAUACAUUUCAAUAACAUCUCAUUAAAAUUUGCUCUCAGUGUUGUGUAUUUUUGGCUGAUGCUUAACAUAACCAUGACUUUUUAAUUAAUAUAUGCAAAAUGUAUAUGACUGAAUGAGAUGUCCUGUAACUGGUCACAAACAAAGUUUUCAUAAUUUUAAA